AUGGCGGUCACCCGAUUGCUUCCAAGCAUGAGAGCCGCCUGGAGCACCCACCGGAACCUGCCCUUACCCUUGUCAUCGAUCCGCAGGCUCGCCACGGCAUCGACAGCAUCACCGCUGCACCACCGCAGCCGCAAAGUCGUCGUGGUUGGGUGCAGACAGCGCCGGCCUCGCCACCAGCUACCAGCUGCUGCUGCGGACCGGCACCUUGCCUACCAUGACGUGGCCGUCGUCGACCCGGCCGAGUGGCAUCACUGGCAACCUGAAUGGACCCUCGUUGGCGGUGGUCUCAAAUCGAAGGAUCGCCUUCGCCAUCCCCUCGCAAGCCUGAUUGACCCUAGCAUCCGCCUGCACGGCAACUCGGCUGAUAGUUUUGCCCUCGGCAACUCCCCGACCUCGCCAACGGCGACAGGCUCAACUACGACCAGCUUGUCAUCGCCCUGGGCCUUGACGCCGGUCUUCCGCACCGUCCAUCGGCUUCGAAAGGGUCGCGCCCCAGAUGAUGAUGUCCUCGCCCCGAACCAUUGGAUGCGAACGAGCCGUUCCGAGGCCCAAGGCGCCGAGAUCCAGAGCCAUGCCGGGAACGGCAAACCAUUCCAGCAUGAACUUGUCACCAUCAACGGCAGCACGGUCACCAUUGCUCGUCCUGACGGACAGCGGGUCGAGCGCCGAUUUGACCUCUUGCAUAUCUUGCCCUGGAUGGGCCCUCGCCCCUUUUUCAGAGGUAGCCCCCUCGCCGACAAGGCAGUGUGCGUCGAUGUUGAAGACAGCACGACGCGCCAUGGCAGACGUCCCCAACGUCUGGUCCGCCGGCAAUGCCGCCAGGUGCCCACUUCCAAGUCGGCGGCCGCCAUCCUCUCGGAGACACCCGUUCUUGUUCGCAACCUCCUGCGGUCAAUCCAGGGCAAUGAGCCCGAUGGUGUGAACCCGAUGCCUUGUACGACGGAUACGCAUCGUGCGCCUCUUGACCGAAUGCGGGAAGGUAUUGCUCGCCGAGUUCAAGUGCGGUGCCGAGCCCAGGAGACGUUGGAUCCGGUCGCUGGUUCGGCGUCGUGCGUCCGUCCUCCUACUGGAAAAGCCCUUGUUCCCUGCGUGGACUAUCGAUCCAUGAUCAAGGGAAAAUGGGACGGUCCGAAUGACGGGAUGAAUAGGCCGUCGGGGUGGAAAUGCCCGAGGGCACUGAGUCACGACGGUGCUCGACGUUUCACCGACUACGUCAUGCCAUCUCAGUCACCACCACGAACCGGUGCGGGAACACCUAGGCGGAGAUGA